AUGCCCUACUUCCGCUCUAGCUACACCUUCAGCAUUGAGGGCAGUACGCGUACCUUCCAUCAUCGCUGGUGCAUGGCCGGACGUAUGUACGAAUGCGACGCUUGCAGCACUACAUGUGAUGUACGCGCUGCAUAUUCGCAACACUGGUCCAGUGCCGGGCGUACGCUUUGCAGCGCCGAGCAACGUGUGCAGCUGAAAACAAUAGAGGAGCAACGCAUAAACAAUUUCAUACUCUGCAACGAGCGUAACAGGAGUACUAAUGAAUUCUUGCUGGACGCCGGCAUACAAGCUAUACCACAAUUGUUGCGCCUACUUUUUCAUGACGCUGCGCGCCUACACUUUCGUUUGAGUUUCUAUGUGCGCGCCUUGAACGAAACUGAUUUUUUAUUCUGCAGCAGCGAAUUGGCGAUAGAGCAUCACCUGGAUAUUAUCGAGAGUGUGGAUGUACUAUUUCUCAUGUUGCUGGAAAAAAUCGAAGCCUAUAUGUACGCUUGUUAUCCGACGCGCGCUGCCGAGUAUAACGUGAAGCGCAUAAAAAUUUAUGUACGCCGCGAAUUGAAUACAACAGCAUCAACAACAAAUGCGCCCUCGAAAUGCAUACUGCCGCUGCAGUAUCGUGUAAAGCACGCCACCGCUGCACCAGGGGCGCAGGCGGUCAGCGCCGCGGUUGCUGCUGAUGCCAAUCUAUAUCGCUUCCGCAUUUGCGCGCGCACGCAGGAGUUGUACGUGGUACCCUAUCAGCUCGGUAAAUGUCCGAGCAAUGCAUGCGAUAGUGAAGUGCAGCGCGCGCAACAAAGUUGGGAUCGCAUAGGCUGUGGCGCGCAUUAUAUACAGUUGCAAAGUAUCGACGGCGCCCAACAACAGCUUUUGGAGAUCUCGAACAUAACGCGCUUUCUACGCACCGAUGAGGAGGAUCAUGUGCACACAUGUGUCCAAUGCAAGGCGAACUUUUCACAGCGCACUAAAUUCCAGCUACACAAGGCGCUCGAUUGUGGACGCGGCUUUGAGGUACUUCAACUGGACAGUGAUAAUCUGGAGAUUUAUGAGCAUUGCUUCCAAAUGCGUUGUGACAACUACAAUUGGCCGUUAUUCGGUAUAAUAGAAUGA